UAGGCAGAUCUUAACUGACUGAGUCACCCAGACACCCCACAUGGUGUUAUAUUAGUUUCAGGUGUACAAUAUAAUGAUUCAACAAUUAUAUACAUUACUCAGUGCUCAUCAUGGUAAGUGGACUCUUAAUUCCUUUCAUCUAUUUCACUCCUCCCCCCCAACUCCCCUCAGGUAACCAAAGAGCCGUUAUCAAUAACACCAUCUUAACCACAGAAAAUGGGAAAUUAUCAAAAAAUAAAAUGAUCUUGGGGCACCUGGCUAGCUCAGUAUGUAGAGCAUGCAACUCUUGAUCUCUUGUGGUGAGUGUGAGCCCCACCUUGGGGCUAGAAUUCACCGAAUAAUUUUUUUUUUUUAAGGGAUCUUGCUCUAAGUACUUAUUUUUUUCUUCAUUUAGCGUUGAAGGGAAGAGAAGCUGCUGAGCACUGGUAAGAUAACCGCACAACUGAAGACUUCUGAGUGGGAGUCCGAGAUUUUGUUCAUUAAGUCCUGCAAUCAUUCAUUCAUCCACCCAGGCACGUUUCACGCACACUGACCAUCACCAGUGGGACAGACCAUGCUGGACUCUGACUGAGUCCCAGUCGGGUCUCAUCAUUUACUGACUCUAAGACGAUGUAAGAGUUCUGUCCUUCAGCCUUAUCUUUCUCAUCUGAAAAAUAGGGAUAACAACACCUUCUUGGCUCUGGCCUUGUUAGAGUUAGAAGUAAGAUCCCCAGCAGUGCACAUGACCGGUGCUCUGUAACUUAUGUUCUGUUGGCCACUUUCAUUCUGCUAGGCUCUGAGGGCACGAUGAAAGAAAUCGUAAGGCCCGCUCUUUUCUUUCCAUACCCGCCUUUACCAGUCUCAGAGGGCAGUAGAAAGCUGACUGGAGCUGCUCCGUGCAAUGCAACAUGUGAGCUGCAAAAAGCCUGCCCCCAGUGACGGCGGGCAUUCCUCUUCCCAAAUCAGAGUUCUUUCAGUCCUCUGUUACCUUUCUUUAGGUCUCGCAGCUCUGCAAAGAUAAUCUGUGCUCAAUCCUGCUCUUGCCCGAGGUCAAAUGUUUGGCUCUCACGUUGGAGAACCUCCCACAGCACCCUUGUUUGGUCCUGAUGAGGGCAGUAAGCCCAGAAGGCUAAAGUGGUCCGGCUGCUCUCCCACGUGUUCUGAAAGCCACAGCCCAGGGGGCGUUUCCGAGCUGCUGGGUGGGCAGAGUCGGGACCUCGCCUCCGCACCUUCUGCUGGGUGCCCUGGCACCGAGCGCGAACUUCUGCCAAGUUUGCAGCCAGGUGAGGGCACGUGGGCGCCUCCGCGCCGGGCCUUGUGCGCCGCGAGCUCUGCCUACCCGCCUACAUCGAACGCCGCCGGCGGCCUCGCCUAGCACCUGCAGCCCGGACCCGCAGCGUGGUCUCCGCCACUCCCGUCCCGCCGCCUCGCAAGCGGCGCGUCGCUGCCGGCUCCCGGCUCCCGGCGGCGGCAGCGGCCGCAGCAGCGCGGCCCGUGGGCGGGGUGGGAACGGGGGAACGGGGCGGGCCGCCGGCGCUCCGCUCCCGGAAGCGGGUGGCUCUUGGGCUCCCGCCCAGAGGACCGGCGCGGACGCCGGAGCUCCAGCAUCGCUGCCCGCGCCUCCCGGAGCGGAGCGACCCCGGCGGCAAGAUGCUGCCAGUGUACGCGGAGGUGAAACCCAACCCGCUGCAGAACGCGAACCUCUGCUCGCGCGUCUUCUUCUGGUGGCUGAACCCCUUGUUUAGAAUUGGUCACAAACGGAGAUUAGAAGAAGAUGAUAUGUAUUCGGUGCUUCCAGAAGAUCGCUCGAGGCAUCUGGGAGAAGAGUUGCAAGGGUACUGGGAUAAAGAAGUUUCGAGAGCUGAGAAAGACGCUCGGAAGCCUUCCUUAACGAAAGCCAUCAUAAAGUGUUACUGGAAAUCCUACUUAGUUUUGGGAAUUUUUACGCUAUUUGAGGAAGGCACCAAAGUAAUCCAGCCCAUAUUUUUGGGGAAAAUUAUUAAUUAUUUUGAAAACCAUGAUCCCACUAAUUCUGUGGCUUUGCGCGAAGCCUACGUCUAUGCCACAGUGCUGUCCAUCUGCACGCUCAUCCUGGCCAUACUGCACCAUUUAUACUUCUAUCAUGUUCAGUGUGCGGGCAUGAGGCUACGCGUUGCCAUGUGCCAUAUGAUUUAUCGGAAGGCGCUUCGCCUCAGUAACAUGGCCAUGGGGAAGACCACCACCGGCCAGAUCGUCAAUCUGCUGUCCAAUGACGUGAACAAGUUUGACCAGGUGACAAUAUUCUUGCACUUUCUGUGGGCAGGGCCACUGCAGGCGAUCGCAGUGACUGCCUUGCUCUGGAUGGAAAUAGGAAUAUCCUGUCUUGCUGGGAUCGCGGUUCUAAUUAUCCUUCUGCCCUUGCAAAGCUGCCUCGGGAAGCUGUUUUCAUCAUUCCGGAGUAAGACCGCAGCCUUCACAGACGUCAGGAUCAGGACCAUGAAUGAAGUUAUAACUGGCAUAAGAAUAAUAAAAAUGUAUGCUUGGGAAAAGUCAUUUGCAGACCUUAUCACCUACUUGAGAAGGAAGGAAAUUUCCAAGAUUCUGAGCAGUUCCUACCUCAGAGGAAUGAAUUUGGCAUCGUUUUUCAUUGCAAGCAAAAUCAUCAUUUUUGUGACUUUCACCACCUAUGUGCUUCUUGGCAACGUGAUCACAGCCAGCCAUGUGUUUGUGGCAGUGUCGCUGUAUGGGGCUGUGCGGUUGACCGUCACCCUCUUCUUCCCCGCGGCCAUUGAGAAGGUGUCCGAGGCAGUCAUCAGCAUCCAAAGAAUCAAGAACUUUCUGUUACUUGAUGAGAUCUCACAGCGCACCCCUCAGCUGCCAUCAGAUGGUAAAAUGAUAGUGCAUGUGCAAGACUUCACUGCCUUUUGGGAUAAGGCAUCAGAAACGCCAACCCUACAAGGCCUUUCCUUUACUGUGAGACCCGGGGAAUUGUUAGCUGUGAUUGGACCUGUGGGAGCAGGAAAGUCGUCACUGUUAAGUGCUGUUCUUGGGGAGCUGCCCCGGAGCCAGGGGCUGGUCAGCGUGCAUGGAAGGAUCGCCUACGUUUCUCAGCAGCCCUGGGUGUUUUCGGGAACUGUGAGGAGUAACAUUUUAUUUGGGAAGAAAUACGAAAAGGAACGAUACGAGAAAGUAAUAAAGGCGUGUGCUUUGAAAAAGGAUUUGCAGCUUUUGGAGGACGGAGAUUUAACUGUGAUAGGUGAUCGCGGAGCCACGCUGAGUGGAGGGCAGAAGGCCCGGGUCAACCUCGCGAGAGCAGUGUAUCAGGACGCAGACAUCUACCUCCUGGACGACCCGCUCAGCGCAGUGGAUGCAGAAGUUGGCAGGCACUUGUUUGAACUGUGUAUUUGUCAAACCUUGCAUGAGAAGAUCACAAUCUUAGUGACUCAUCAGUUGCAGUACCUAAAAGCUGCAAGUCAGAUUCUGAUAUUGAAAGAUGGCAAAAUGGUGCAGAAGGGGACUUACACGGAGUUUCUGAAGUCCGGGGUAGAUUUUGGCUCCCUUUUAAAGAAGGAAAAUGAGGAGGCUGACCAGAGUCCAGAUCCAGGAUCUCCCACUUUGAGGACUCGGAGCUUCUCAGAGUCUUCUGUUUGGUCCCAGCAAUCGUCCAGACCCUCAGUGAAGGAUGGCGCGCCGGAGGUGCAAGCUAACGAGAAUACACAGGUUGCUGUGCCAGAGGAGAGUCGUUCAGAAGGGAAAGUUGGUCUUAAGGCCUACAAGAAUUACCUAACAGCCGGUGCUCACUGGUUGGUCAUCGUGUUCCUCAUUCUACUGAACAUCAUAGCGCAGGUUGCCUACAUUCUUCAGGACUGGUGGCUCUCCUAUUGGGCAAGUGAACAAAGUGCCCUGAAUGUCACGGUAAAUGGAAAAGAAAAUGUCACUGAGAAGCUCGAUCUUGCCUGGUACUUAGGAAUUUAUUCAGGUUUAACUGUGGCUACUGUCCUUUUUGGCACAGCGAGAUCUCUGUUUGUAUUCUACGUCCUCGUUCAUUCUUCACAAACUUUGCACAACAAGAUGUUUGAGUCCAUUUUGAGAGCUCCAGUGUUGUUCUUUGAUAGAAACCCAAUAGGAAGAAUUUUAAAUCGUUUCUCCAAAGACAUUGGGCACAUGGAUGACUUGCUACCCCUGACGUUUCUAGAUUUCUUCCAGACUUUUCUACAAGUUCUUGGUGUGGUGGGCGUGGCAGUGGCGGUGAUCCCGUGGAUCGCGAUACCUCUGAUUCCCCUGGGCAUCCUUUUCUUUGUUCUUCGGCGAUAUUUCUUAGAAACAUCGAGAGAUGUCAAACGCCUGGAAUCUACAACACGGAGUCCGGUGUUCUCCCACCUGUCGUCCUCUCUCCAGGGACUCUGGACCAUCCGGGCCUAUCAAACUGAAGAGAGGUUCCAGGAACUGUUCGACGCUCACCAGGAUUUGCAUUCAGAGGCAUGGUUCUUGUUCCUGACAACGUCCCGAUGGUUCGCCGUGCGUCUGGAUGCCAUCUGCGCCAUCUUGGUCAUUGUUGUUGCCUUUGGGUCCCUGAUUCUGGCAACAAAUGCUGGGCAGGUUGGCCUGGCCUUGUCCUACGCCCUCACACUCAUGGGGAUGUUCCAGUGGUGUGUCAGGCAAAGCGCCGAAGUGGAGAAUAUGAUGAUUUCAGUGGAAAGGGUGAUGGAGUAUACAGACCUUGAGAAAGAAGCCCCUUGGGAAUACCAGAACCGCCCUCCGCCGAGCUGGCCCCAAGAAGGCACGAUUGUCUUUGAUAAUGUUAACUUCUCGUACAGUUUAGACGGGCCUCUGGUUUUGAAGCACCUGACAGCACUCAUUAAAUCAAGGGAAAAGGUUGGCAUUGUGGGAAGAACAGGAGCUGGAAAAAGUUCCCUCAUCUCGGCCCUUUUUAGAUUGUCAGAACCGGAAGGUAAAAUUUGGAUUGAUAAGAUCUUGACAACUGAAAUUGGGCUUCACGAUCUAAGGAAGAAAAUGUCCAUCAUACCUCAGGAACCUGUUUUAUUCACUGGAACAAUGAGGAAAAAUCUGGAUCCCUUUAAUGAGCAUACGGAUGAGGAACUGUGGAAUGCCUUAACAGAGGUACAGCUUAAAGAAGCCAUUGAAGAUCUUCCUGGCAAAUUGGACACCGAAUUAGCUGAAUCAGGAUCGAACUUAAGUGUCGGACAGAGACAGUUGGUGUGCCUCGCCAGAGCCAUCCUCAGGAAAAACCGGAUAUUGAUCAUUGACGAAGCGACAGCAAAUGUGGAUCCAAGAACUGACAAAUUAAUACAAAAAAAAAUCCGUGAGAAAUUUGCCCAGUGCACCGUGCUAACCAUCGCACACAGGUUGAACACCGUUAUUGACAGUGACAAGAUCAUGGUUUUGGAUUCAGGAAGACUGAAAGAAUAUGAUGAACCCUAUGUUUUGCUGCAGAACGAAGAGAGCCUGUUUUACAAGAUGGUGCAGCAACUGGGCAAGGCAGAAGCUGCUGCCCUCACUGAAACAGCAAAACAGAUAUACUUCAAAAGGAAUUAUCCAGAUAUUACUCACAGUGACCACGUGGUUAUGAAUGCUUCCAAUGGACAGCCCUCAGCCUUUACUAUUUUUGAGACAGCGCUGUGAUCCUACCACAACAUCAAGUCUAUUCCAAAGACAUUUUUUUAAAAUAGGUUUUGUACUAUGUACCUUUUUUUACACUAGCAAAAAAUACUUUACACAUACAAGAUGUUUGGAUUCUUCCUCCAACUUCACUCAGUGAUUUCAAGCUCUAGCAGAAUGCUGUAAUAUUUUUUAUUUAUAUGUUAUAGUAUUUUUUUUUUCCUUAUCCAAAUCACAGGUGCAGGACACCAGUAAAAGCUGUUAACCAGGUUUGGUGCCUUAAGGAGAUGUCAGAGCCAAACCUCAUUUUGUUAGGUAUAAGACAAAGUUGUCACAGACCUUUUUUUUUUUUUUUUUUACAGCCCUCACAAAUUACAUAUUACUUUCCAGUGAUAUCAGGGAUUCUGUUUACUUGAAGACUGUGUGAAGUUGCCAUUUUGUCUGGCCACUUCUUUAACAUAACUAGGAUCCAUUAUUUCUUCCCAAAGGCCUCUGGUUGAAAUCGUACAGAUACAACUAAUAGGAAAAAACCAAAAAUACACUUUAAGUGACAUUAUAGUGACCAAAAAAAGGUUAUAUGCUUAGCAUACAGGAGGGCAGUAUUUAAUUACAUGGUCUGAAAGACAAGGAAGACAAAAUAAUGCUUUCUCAACACUGGAGCCCACGUGGGUGAUUUGAUCAUGAAGGACACAAGUGUGAUCGUCGGUCAUCUAGAUGUGCACAACUCCAACAUGAGGACCAUCGCAGUCUGAGGACUCAGCAUGGUGACAUUUUCAGAAAAGGCCCAGCCACUAGCUGUAAUUCUGGACCAUAGAGCAGUAGUCUUACUUGGAUUUCUGUUCUGCCAGCUAACCAUCUGUUGAUUCUAAUAAGCCUUUUUGGUUUUAGCCUUUCUUGAAACCCCUUGUACACUGCACGUAUAGGUUCUCCUGACUUGGUGAGAAAAACCAAAACUCGUCGCCAACAAUGGCGCACCCAGGAGGCUCCCUUUUAUGAGCCUGCCCAGGUUAUUUUCCUUCUGACCACUAACAGCACUUUGUUUGGGUCUUUCUGAUUAGUGAAUCAGCAAAUCACUGUACUCCCAAGGCCUGCUGCACUUUAUUUGAACCAUGGGUCUUGAGUUUUUCUGGAUGGUGGCUAUGGUAUGUUAGUUCAAAUUGCCAAAGGUUUUUAGGUUGUGGUUUUAAGUGGACUCUCGUGACCUCUAGGAUAAGGUGUAACCACCCUCAAGUUGUGCAUAUAUUAAUCAACAAUGCCCUCAUGCAGCAGAUUUUCGGACUCUUCAAAGAGAGACGUUUUAUAGCAUCAAGCCUUAAAAAGCACACACGGCAAACUACACAAGAUACAUUGAGGGUAGUCGCAGUUUGACUCUUCAUAUGUAGAAAUAAUAUGGCGAAUGUUUAGUUCAGUAAGCCAGUAAGCUGUUCUGUAGUCAUGGAUAGUAUUUCAGGAGACUAAAAUGACAGCAAUGAUGAUAAUGAGGUUUGUUAAAACAGUGGAAAUACUGGAAAAGUGUCUGUUUAUUUGGUCUUUAGAGGUUAAAGGCAGUUAAAAAAACAAACAUGUUUCUAUUUUAUUUCUGUUUUAAUGUCAUAGCAUUUUUUUUAAUGAAACAAAAUUCAUUUGAAAUAAAUUGACAGUUUUCAUCUCCAUUCUGAGGUCUGUGUUCUGAGAGGGAUUACUGACUCAUGUCCUUGCUGUUGAAAGCCAGCGAGUUUUCCAGGGACCAGAAAGUGGAUUCAUUGUCAACUGGUUCUCUUGGCUAACUAGGUGUACCGAAUAUUCUAAGUAGCUAGGUGGGUUUCAGACAGGUUGAAACAGCUGCUGUAGAAGCCAGAGCUGGUUGCUCCCCUUCCAGGAAGGGAGAGCGUAGUAACUUAUGCCCUAGGCUUGAACAGGUAUCAUGUUGUUGAGGUUUUUUGUUUGUUUGUUUGUUUGUUUUUUGAAAGGCAACUUUGCCCUGAACUAACAGGAAACGUUUAUUGUUUCUCCACUGAAAUACUGUAGAACAUUGGUUCUCAAAGUGGGGUCCCGGAACCGGCAGCAUCAACCUCACCUGGGAACUUGUUGGAAAUGCAAAUUCUUGUGUCUUUUCCCAGGUCUACUGAAUCAGAAACUUGGUGGUGUGGACCGGUAAACUGUGUCUUAAUAAGCCCUUAGGGUGAUUCUGAUGCAGGCUAACGUCUGAGACCCAGUACCAUAGAACAUAAAGAACUAAGAGCUCAUUAAGAAAAACACAGAAAGCCCAAUUAGAGAAAUGGACUAGAGACUUGAAUAGGCACCUCGCAAAAUAUCCAAGCGACCAAUAACCAGAGAAGUGCUCACUCUUAUUAGUUACCAGGGAAAUGCGAUGAGAUAGCACUGAACACCCACUAGCUUGGCUAAAAUUAAAAAGAAUACCCAUCAAGUGCCACCGGAGCAAUGGGAACUCUCCCGCACUACCAUGUGUCUAAAAAAAGGAUGUAUCAAAUAAACAACUUUGGAAAACA